UUUCCCUCUAUUUCUAAAGUCUUUCCCUUCCUUUUUCCUUUACAGCUUCUUCCUUAUUCUUCUGUCGAGGACUUCCGUCUCUAUUUCGACGCUGCCCGCUUCCCCACCCCCCACCCCCCCACACCAUACGUACGCACAAAAACAAAAAAAUACACACAGAAGACUAACGACUACAAUGGACUCUACAGAACCUACACGGAAAGAGUGCGAUUCGGAAGCCACAACAGUUGCUGCUGCUUCUACUGCUGCUCCAGCUAUGGCCCGAGUACCUUUCGUAGGAAGACUCCAUCUGUACCUACCCCAUCCCACCAAGUCUUUUCCUUACUUCAAUUAUUCGUCUUCUACAUCCUCUUCUGCUGCCACUACUGCUUCUGCCGUGGAUACCUCUCUUACCCCUCCUCCAACCCCUCCAUCAUCGUGCGAGUCCGAGCAGGACCUCGAGGAAGUCGAGCCCAUGGAACAUAUCGCCGAGGAAACUGAGGAAGAGGAGGAAUCAAAAGUAGAGGAAGAGGAGGAAGUCCUCGUCGUCGAGGAGGUGGAGGUCCCCGUCUUCGAGGAGGUGGAGGUCCUCGUUGUCGGGGAGGAGAAAGUGGAAGAGGAAGAGGAAGUGGAAGAGGAAGUGGAAGUGGAAGUGGAGCAAGCACAGCCCGAGCAGGUGGCCGCGGUGAUGGAGGAGGAUGCUAGCACAACCUCAUCUACAUUGUGGAAGCGAAAGACAAGCACAGAGGAGAGCUCGACGGCUAACAAUGGUCCUGUUAUGACGAGAAAUAGUUUGGAAUAUGUAGCGCUCGUCUUUUCGUUCUUGUUCCUGGUGAUCGAGAGCUUCCUCAGGGUUAUCACUUUGGCUUUGCCCGCGCCAUUAAUAAACUUUUUCUACGGACGUUCGCGGGCACUGUUCAACUCCUUCUCGGCAAAGCGGUACACCACAGUAGAGAGCUCGACACAGGAGAGGGGUCUGGUGGCUAAAGUGCGGGAUGCCGAUGGAUUUGUGGAUUUGUGCGAGAUCUGGAACGACGGCACCUACCGGAUCGAGGAGCAUGUUGUCCAGACCGGCGAUGGAUACUUGCUGGGACUACACAGGGUUGUGAAGAAGACGGAGGAGGAAAUCAACGGCCCACCCAGAGCAAGGGCGAGGGGUGGUGAUGCGUCGACGAGAGGAAAUGGUGGAAAGAAGGUGGUGUACUUGCACCAUGGCCUUCUGAUGGACAGCGAGGUUUGGGUCUGCCUGCUCGACAAGGAGCAGUGCCUUCCGUUUGUGCUGGCGGAGAAGGGCUACGAUGUCUGGCUUGGAAAUAACCGGGGCAACAAAUACUCGAAGAAGUCGAUUCAUCAUCCUUCCAGCUCGGCGAAGUUCUGGGAUUUCUCGAUCGACGAUUUUGCCUUCCACGAUAUUCCCGACUCCAUCAAUUACAUUCUCGAGACUACGAAUCAGCCUUCUCUUUCCUACGUCGGUUUCUCUCAGGGCACUGCUCAGGCGUUUGCUACCUUGAGCAUUCAUCCAAAGCUCAACGAGAAGAUCGAUGUCUUCGUUGCACUGGCACCCGCCAUGAGCCCUGCUGGUUUGAGCAACACCGUGGUGGAUGCCCUGAUGAAAUCGAGCCCGAACUUGAUGUACCUAUUCUUCGGAAGGAAGUCCAUCUUGUCUAGCACGACAUUCUGGCAGAGCGUCUUGUACCCUCCGAUCUUUGUGCGUGUAAUCGACAUCUCGAUGCACUUCCUAUUCAAAUGGACUGGCAACAACAUCCCGCUUAACCAGAAGCUAGCGGCAUACUCCCACCUUUAUUCCUACACUUCGGUCAAGAGUGUCGUCCACUGGUUCCAGAUCAUCCGCAACAAGUGUUUCCAGAUGUACGACGAUGAUAUUCAGACCGGAAUCACGGCAUCCAUUGCCAACAGAAGCUUCUACAAGGUCGCCAAAUUCCCCACGAGGAAUAUCACGGCACCCAUCGUGCUGGUCUACGGUGGCUGCGACUCCCUCGUCGAUAUCAGGAUCAUGCUCAAGGAGCUCCCGGCUCACACCGUCGCCACCGAGAUCGCUCACUUUGAGCAUCUCGAUUUCCUGUGGGGACGUGACGUUGAGAAGCUUGUCUUCCCGCAUGUUCUUGAGGCUCUCGAGACUUACUCGAACGAUCCGGAAUCGAUGGACGUUGCAACCGUCACUCCUACCGAAUCCAAGGUUACUGACACCUUGACGGAAGAAAGGGAGGCUACUCCCGAACCUCGUCAGCUCACUGCCGAAUCGCUGCCUACCUACUCCGAGGAUGAGGCUACAGCCCAGUCCCAUACGGUAGCCGAUGAGGAAUCCGAGACUGAGCCCGAGGUGGAGGCUGUAACUCUGGUGGAGGCCCAAGUCGAGGCUGAGCCUGAGGAGGAUGAAGGUGUCGAACUCGACUCUGACGCCGAUGCGGCUGAUGUUGUUGAGACUGCACACGAGGCCAGCAUCGAGGCUGAAGUUGAGGCUGACUUCGAGACUGAAAUUGCGGUGGCGGUUGAGGCUGAGCUCAAGGCCGAACUCGAGGCUGAACUCGCGACUGAGCUCGAGGCUGAAAUCGAGACUGAAAUCGAGACUGAAAUCGCGGCGGCGAUUGAGGCUAAAUUCAAGGCUAAACCCGAGGCCGAGGACGAGAUGGAAGAUGAAGUCGAGGCUCAAGUCGAGGAGGCCAAGGCUGAAGAGACGCUGAUUGCCGAGCCUGCGUACCAGGCCGCUACCAAAGAACUCACCUUGGAGUCUCGGUACGCACCCACCUCCCAACCCCUGCCGAGCCCUCCCAUCGUCACCACCAAGGAGGAGGCCCCGGUCGGAGAUACCAUUACUCCUCCCAAGUUUUCGUCCGCAAAGCCCCUCACCCCUCCGACGGGCCCUGGAUCUAGGUCGCCACCGCGGCAGUCACUGGGCAGGAGUGUCUUCUCGUCACCACCUGGUUACCACAACAGCACGAUGCGUGCUGGGUCACCGUUGGCGUACAGCACUACCUCAUCCCAGUUCAGCCGCCUAUCUACUCCUCCCACGCCUACUGGCCUGUCUUACCCCCCGCCAACCGGCCCUGCUGCGCAAACCGGGGUUGCACUCAGCUAUGGCGACAGACCCAUCACCCCGAUGACGCAGAAAGUGACUCGGAGUGGCUCGAUGGGCAGCAACCGAAGCUUUGGAAGCUCGAAUUCACUUAACGGUGGAGGAUUCCUUGGUACUUCGAGCAUGUCGGUGGGCAGUGGACGCCCAGCUGCACCACUCAACGAGGAGGGUAUCCCAACAGGCCCGCGGGGCUACGUAGCACCUAAGCCUGCGUUUUACCCUUCGACUCCACCUCCCACUGGACCAUCAUCAUGCUUCUCGCCCCCUACCGGCCCCAGGGCAGACAGAAGCCCUCCUACGGGACCUAGGAGCCAGCGUCGCUACACCAACAGUCCAGGCGCGAGUCCUAGGUCGCCGCAGCAAAACUACAGUUACCAGCAGCAGGCGACUAACGGAGGCUACAGCCCAGGUAGCCCGAGAGGCGCGAAUAAGAACCGCCGUCGUGGACGUGGUCGAGGCCGCUCCAGUUCGGACCUGGGGCCCACCACGGUUGGAGCAGGACGAAACACCACCCCUGCUAUGUACCGAGGUCACGGUGAGAUGCGCAUGUCCAUGCAUGGGGGCGAAGGCAGUCUGUACUCGGACUACCUGGGCGGCGCCCCCACUGGGUAUUAGAUGUUCCGUUGUCUUUCUUCAUUUAUUUUGGCCGAGGCUUCUUUGGGGUUUUUUGGUAUGAGGUAUCGGUGUCUUGGGUCCGUUC